AUGAAGGUUAGACGUGAAAAAGGUUCGCGCAGUAUAUCGAACGAGGUUGCAAAAAGUAAACUUUCUGAGCGAAGAACUGCUUGCGAAUUUGAGCUGAUAUCAGCAGAGUUUUCAGGUGAAGGGUCGGAUACAAACAGCGAGAAUGGUUCCGAAUCAAGUAGCAUCGACUUUAGGCUAAGUAAUGAUGACAAGAAAGCUGAUUUUUCAAUGUUGCAGCCACGUGCACAGUCACCGACAAAUACAGGCCAAUUAAGAGCAAGAAGUAUAAAAAUCAUAGACAGUCUUGACCUAUCGAUGUCGAUAGCGCCACUAAUUGGAUCAUCACAUCAAGUUCCGACGAUAGAUGAUGGCCGCGCGAAUGGAGAAGCAUUACCUAUCAAUAUAGCAGGUGAGAAGUCGCACCAUGGUUAUCAUCAGGAAAUUUUCAACACGCAGGAAGCUAUUCACAAACCGACAAAAAUAUCAAAGCUUGUGCAACAGCAUCGAAACCAGGGUCAUAGGCGGUGCGCUGUCGCAUUAGAAAACUUCGUAGCGUGUGUGCAAUCCUCGCCGUCGGUAGAAACUUCUUUGGCCUUUCCAGGCAACAAUCAAAUUAAAUGGAAACCUACAGAGAAAGCGUCAAGCGUCUCAAUAGAGAAGCAAUUUUUUGCCCCCCCUUCACAAUCCUUAUUACAAAUAGGGAGACAAAGCAAGGGGAAUGGGAUCUCUUUCAGAAUGAAUUCGACAAGUGUAGAAGAACAGCAACUACUACAAUCUUUGGAUAAGCUCGAUCAACGUCUAUCGAAAGUCAGUAUUUUGGCAGAUUCAGAGCAUGAAAGGCGGCGGCAAGCCAACAGCAGAGAGCGGAAUUUGGAUAGCGUUGCCUCUCAGAAUACCAGAGGUCACGGCGCCGCCAGAAGCAAGCCCAAUGACGACACGUUGCGAGAUACUGGAGCCAUACAAAGUAAGUUAUACCAACCGGCAUCUAUAUCUGUACGAUCGUCUUCUUUGAAGCGCGCUCAGCGUUCUAGUGGUGUCCGUAAGGCUCGUGUUCGAGUCGGUGGGACCUUCGUCAAUGACGUUGGCUAUGUCUCCACAGAUGCAGGCGGAAAGCAUCAGCUUGCUGUAAAACGAACACUAUCAAAUAUGGUUUUCUAG